GAAAGAGCUGUUCUUAGCCCAGACAGGAGGGGACCACUGCGACAGCAGGAGCAGCUGGACAGGGGACACAGAAAAUUUUUAAUUACAUGAGCAAUGGAUGCAAUAUUUGGUAUAAAUAAAGAAGAACAUCCAGAGCCCAUAAAAGCUGAGGUGCAAGGUGAGUUGCCUACUUGGUUGCAAGGGAUACUUCUCCGAAAUGGCCCAGGGAUGCACACAAUAGGGGACACUAAGUAUAACCACUGGUUUGAUGGCUUGGCUCUGCUUCAUAGCUUUACAUUUAAAAAUGGUGAAGUUUACUACAGAAGUAAAUAUCUCCGAAGUGAUACAUACAAUUGCAAUGUAGAAGCAAACAGAAUCGUGGUGUCUGAAUUUGGAACUAUGGCUUAUCCAGAUCCAUGCAAAAACAUAUUUGCCAAGGCUUUCUGUUACUUGUCUCACACCAUUCCUGAGUUCACAGACAACUGCCUGAUCAACAUUAUGAAAACUGGGGAUGAUUUUUAUGCUACCAGUGAGACUAACUUCAUCAGGAGAAUUAAUCCGCAGACUCUGGAGACACUAGAGAAGGUUGACUAUAACAAAUAUGUAGCUGUAAACGUGGCAACUUCUCACCCGCACUAUGACAGUGCUGGAAAUGUUCUCAACAUGGGUACUUCCAUAGUUGAUAAAGGGAAGACAAAAUACAUUCUUUUUAAGAUUCCUUCAUCUGUGCCAGAAAAGGAAAAGAAGAACUCUUGCUUUAAACACCUGGAAGUGGUGUGCUCCAUUCCUUCUCGCUCUCUUCUCCAUCCAAGUUACUACCACAGCUUCGGAAUCACGGAAAAUUAUAUUAUCUUCAUAGAGCAGCCGUUCAGACUAGAUAUUGUCAAAAUGGCAACUGCCUAUAUCCGAGGUGUGAACUGGGCUUCCUGCCUUGCCUAUCAUAAGGAAGAUAAGACCUGGUUUCACUUUGUAGACAAGAAGACCAAAAAAGAUGUAUCCAAGUUUUAUACUGAUGCCAUGGUGCUUUUUCACCAUGUUAAUGCUUAUGAAGAAGAUGGCCACAUUAUUUUUGAUAUUAUUGCCUAUGCAGACAAUAGCCUGUAUGAUAUGUUCUAUUUAAAAAACUUAAACAAAGACUUUGAAGAAAACACCAAGCUUAACUCCGUGCCAAUCUGCAAGCGAUUCGUUGUUCCUCUGCAGUACGACAAGGAUGCAGAAGUCGGUUCUAAUUUAGUCACAUUUCCAUCUACUGCAACUGCUAUAAAAGAAAAAGAUGGCAGCAUCUAUUGCCAACCUGAAAUAUUAUGCGAAGGGAUAGAGCUGCCUCGCAUCAACUAUGACUAUAAUGGCAAGAAAUACAGAUAUGUCUUUGCAACAGGAGUCCAGUGGAGUCCAGUUCCUACAAAGAUUGUAAAAUUUAAUGUCCAGACAAAGGAAAUGCUCCACUGGAGAGAAGACCAUUGCUGGCCAUCUGAGCCCGUUUUUGUUCCCAGUCCUAAUGCAAGAGAAGAGGAUGAUGGUGUUGUUUUGACCUGUAUUGUGAUGUCUGAUCCAAACAAAGCACCCUUUCUACUUGUCUUGGAUGCUAAAACGUUCAAAGAAUUGGGCCGAGCCACAGUAAAUGCAGAAAUGCAUCUGGACCUGCAUGGAAUCUUUAUACCAGAGAAAGAUGUGAAGACUGAGACUGAGUAAAAUGCUACUUAUCCUAUCAUAUAGACUGAGACAACUUUUUUUACUGUAUAUGGACUAAUAUCCCUUUCACCAUUCAGGACAACCUUAUCUUCUGACAAGAAAUUACUAUCUCUCUUAAUUACUUAUUCUUAAAUAACUAUAUAUAAUAUCUUAUAAGAGAUAACAAUAACUUUUAUUACAAAUAAUGAUAUGCGCAAUUGGUACAUAACUCUUCCAAAAGAAGAAUCAUCAGUAUUAAAAAAAGCGCUAAUGUUGUAUACAACUUGUGGAGCAGGGAAUAGGAGAGGAAGGUAAAAAGAAAAUUUUUAUUUGAGUAGAAUAUAUUUUUUUGGAGCAAAUGGAAUAUUGUAUUUAUAGUAUGAUAUAUGGCAUGAGUCAUGUCUGCAGCUCACGUAAUUUUUUUGGAUUGUUUCAAGACUGCAGAUCCUGGUGAAAGUUCUUCCCUGCCAGAAAACCUCAAAGUAAACUAUUUGCUAUGAUACUAAUAAUUCAUGGCAAUGCAUUUUAUUGGUGCUUGAUAUCUUAAACUCUGAUAUAACCAAAGUUAAAUAUUAUACUGAGGUGCUACAUCAAUUUAUUGCCUAAAGAAUCUGCUUUGCUAAUAGUGUUAUGGUAUAUUUUUUCCUUUUUAUGAUGACAAAAAUAAAUAACUUGAAAUAGAA